AUGUUUCUUGAGACAGUUAUAACGAUUGCAGCAACGUGCUUUUUAGUAACAAUUCUCGAUAGUUUUUCCCAGUUUAAGACUAAAUUGCCGAGAGUUGGUAAAGAUCCGGGGCCUUUCGGGCUUCGGACUUGGUGGGCUAGAUGGAAAUGGACUAAACUUGGCCACGGGGAUGUGAUGCGGGCGUACGAAGAGUCCAAAGACUCGAGCUAUGUCGUCCAAACGUUGAUGGGCGAUACCAUUGUGCUGGCUCCUAAAUUUUUGAAUGAGCUGAACAUGCUUCUUGAAUCGAAGCUGAACUUCAUUGCAGCAUUGGUGGAGAGCGUCCUGGCCACAUUUCUUCCUCUAAUGGAGGAAGAGUUUCGUGCAGCUAUUGUUGAGCAACUUGGUCAAAGCACAGUUGAAAGCUCGAUUACUUGCAAUGCAUACGACCUCUUAUUCUCUUUCAUCCAUCGCAUUUCAUCCGUGGUUUUUGUCGGCAAGUCACAUUGCCACAGUCCAGUCUGGACUGAUGCCGUGACGGCUUUGGCUGUUGAUGUUGAAAUCACCAAGUUCAUUCUGCUACCAUUCCCGUCCUUUCUUCGGCGCUUCAUUGCACCUUUGAUCCCACAGCGUAAUCGUGUCUUCCGCCAACGGACUGCGGUGCGCAAUGUUCUUUUUCCUCGAUCGGAAAAGAUCGGCAUUAAAGACGAGCCAGCGAUAACAGCUAGACUUCUGAUCUUGACGGGUGCUGCGCUCCACACAUCAUCGAUGGCGAUAACACAUGCGAUAUUCGAUCUCUGUUCCAUGCCGGAAUACGUUGAACCUUUACGAUCCGAAGCAAAAGAAGCGCUCGCGCAAGAUAACGGGAAAUGGCAAGUUUCGACCAUCAAGAGACUCCGUCGAUUAGACAGUUUUCUCAAGGAAUCCCAACGCGUCAAUCAAUCCACCUUACUUGCUUUUGAUCGCAAGGUCAUGUCACCAAUCGAGCUAUCCGACGGCAAGAUAAUUCUUCCACGCGGGGCGAAAAUCGUCUUCCCUGGAGGGCUCAUGUCGCGCGACUCAAUGUUCUAUGAUGAUCCUCAGCGAUUCGAUGGAUUUCGCUUCUAUCGCCCAGACGAAGACGCAGACACGACCUCCGCUAAUGCACAACGUGAUUUUACUGGUAUUGAGCCGGGUAAUCUCUCUUGGGGAAGUGGCAGGUUUACCUGUCCCGGGCGAUGGUACGCAGCCACCAUGAUCAAGUUGAUUGUGGCAAAUUUGCUGCUUGACUACGAUAUUUCCUUUCCUCCAGGCCAAAUGAAACGACCGUCAAACACAAAGUAUGAUACUGACGUACAUCCGGAUUUUGAACAGAAUAUCGUCUUCAAGAAGAGGCGCAAUACCUGA